GUCAUUACAUGUAAAAACAGCACAUUGAGUAGGCUAUAAGAGCAGUGAAAUUUACCCUGUUACUAUAUAAUCGUGGAAAAAGGAAGUGGAAGAUGUGAGUAUGUUGCUUGACGUAACGGCGAAGGAAUUUACGAACUCUACCAUGGUGAAGGUUUCAGCUUAUGAAUAUUAAUUACGUAACGUGACGUUUGCCCAGCACGCCUUCCUUAUUGACUGAAAGGCAGACGUUUGGAAAGUGGGCGUUUCAGUAAGCUGGCGUGUGUAUGGCGUUGGCUCGUGAAUAUUAAAUGAGAUUACUCGCGACCUAUUUAAUAUUCAUGAGCAAAACCUUCGCCAUAGUACGAUUCGUAAUUUCGCAAACUGUUAUGGUGGUGGUGACUCAAAGCUAAAGAAACGAAAAAGAUCACUGACACAAGUGACAGCCACAUGCAGGAAAGUCCCUCUUUCAAGAGCCACUUAAAACAAUAACAGGGCUGAUUUAAAAACCAAAAGUACACUGCAAAGAAGGGGAAAAAAGGGAGAAUAAAAUAAUUUAAAACACGCAAGUUCUUUGAAAAUGUCUCGAGAGGAGUUUGACAGAGAGUUUCUGUACAAUUUACCCGCAUCUGUCAUGAGUGACUUUACACGGCUUGUGGACUCGUUUUCACACUCGGACUGGAUAUUAUUCGCUUCACGGAUAAUAUCUGAUCAGACUGAGCUGCGCCUUUUGGAGCAAAGCAGCAGACGUACAGAUGAACUUAUGCACAAAUGGGGCUGUCGCAAUGGGACAGUUGGAGAACUUCUGAAGAUUCUUGAGGACCUGCAGUGGUUUAGACCCCGUGAUAUCAUCCUUGAAUGGAUAUGUAUUCAGCAGACUCGCUUGGUGCAACAGUCCUCUUCAACAGUACAACAAUCUACUGUAUUUCAACCAAGUACUGACAUCUAUGUCGAAAAGCUUCUCCCUGUGCCUGAAAUCAGACCACUACCCAAGCCUGGCCCUCCACCCCCUGAUAUGGAUUCCAUAUAUUCAAGAGUCCUUAAUACGGAAGAGGAGUGCCCAUGCGAGAACCGUAAGGACCCCCUGCCUCUUUCCUUUAAUGCGAUGAACUGGCCGUUUGAGGAAAUACAGAGAGGUACAUGCAACUUUUCCAACUGCAAGCAGAUUGGAGAGGGAGGUUUUGGACAUGUGUACAGAGCUACAAUGAGAAACACUGAAUUUGCCGUGAAGAAGCUGAAAGAGGACUCCCAUUUGGCCUGGAAUGUCUUGAAGGAAAGUUUCAGCACAGAAGUGGAGAAACUCUCACAAUACAGACAUCCCAACAUAAUGGACCUUGUUGGCUACAGUAUAGAAGGACAAACUUAUUGUAUCAUAUAUGUUUACAUGCCAAAUGGCUCUUUAGAAGACCGGCUUCACUGUGAGGACAGCAAUGCCCUCUCUUGGCCACAGCGUGUAAAUAUCUUACUGGGCACUGCCAGAGCUAUCCAGUACCUGCAUUCUUGUUCACCUGCACUUAUUCAUGGAGAUAUCAAGAGUUCUAACAUCCUUUUAGGGGAUCACCUGGAGCCCAAACUGGGGGACUUUGGAUUGGCACGUUUAUGUCAGAACCCCAACAGAACUCCAGGCAAGACGUCCAGUGUAGCUCACACUUCAACGGUACGAGGAACACUCGCAUACCUCCCAGAAGAGUACUUGAAGGAUGGACAGCUGGGCAUGGAGAUUGAUGUUUAUAGCUUUGGAGUGGUUUUGUUAGAGAUACUUACUGGCCGAAGGGCUCUUGAGGACGAUGUCCAAUCCAAAACUAUUUACUUGAAAGAUCUGGUAACAGUGGUGGAGGAUGAUGGAAGAAGUUUCAGCAGAGGGAAGCACUCGCGGGAGAUGUCCUCUUCUCAAGCAGCAGAGAACAUCUGCAGGAAACAUCUGGAUCCUCGACUGAUGACUAAAGACACAUCUGCCCUUUACGGUUCAAUGAAAAUCACUCAACAUGCAUGUCAAUGUUUAGACCGACGUAGAAAAAAGAGACCUCGAAUGACUGAAGUGUUCAAAGAACUUCAAGAGGUGCAUUCAGUGUUGAAGACCUCUUGCAGAUCAACUAUGGUCAGAAUGUCUCCUGUAUCAUUUCAUCCAUCCACCCUUGAGCCACUGCGCUCCAACAGUUGCACCCUGGACUCUCUUGCCAAUCAAUUUUCUAAACUCCGCCCUCAAGAGAACACUUACCCCUGCAUUCACAAGCCUGUCUUUCCUACUUUGACCUCUGUAGUGACCCAGACUGACCUUUCAGAGUCAGAGUGGAAUGCUGAAUCAUGGGGUUCACAGUCCUGUGGAAUGCCAUGUGAAUCGGAUGAGAGUGAAGGCUUCUCUCAGUACUUAACAAGUCAUGGUAGCAGAUCUCAGCCGUCAUCUUGUAGGGCCUGUGAAAAUCCGGGCACUAAAUCAACUGGUUCUUUAGUUGAUGACCCCUCACAGUCCAAUCCGAAUAAAGAGUUCUCUGAUCAGGAAGUUGUUAUUAGUCCUGUGAGACAG